AACGAGCAUCCCCUGAACCUCCUUCAGGACCUCCUGCUUCACACUGAGAAACACAGAGAAAUCAGAACUCCUCACUCCAUGGCAACACAUGCAGAAAAACCUGCAGUGUAGAAACUUCUGCAUCUAUAUCAACACCUACAGAAACAUCUGCAUCAACAUCUGCAUCAACACCUACAGAAACAUCUGCAUCAACAUCUGCAUCAACACCUACAGAAACAUCUGCAGAAACAUCUGCAUCAACACCUGCAGAAGCAUCUGCAGAAACAUCUAUAUCAACACCUACAGAAACAUCUGCAUCAACACCUGCAUCAACACCUGCAUCAACACCUGCAGAAACAUCUGCAUCAACACCUUCAGAAACAUCUGCAUCAACACCUGCAUCAACACCUACAGAAACACCUACAGAAACAUCUGCAUCAACACCUGCAUCAACACCUACAGAAACAUCUGCAUCAACACCUGCAUCAACACCUACAGAAACAUCUGCAUCAACACCUACAGAAACAUCUGCAGAAACAUCUGCAUCAACACCUGCAGAAACAUCUGCAGAAACAUCUGCAUCAACACCUGCAGAAACAUCUGCAUCAACACCUACAGAAACAUCUGCAGAAACAUCUGCAUCAACACCUGCAGAAACACCUGCAGAAACAUCUGCAGAAACAUCUGCAUCAACACCUGCAGAAACAUCUGCAUCAACACCUACAGAAACAUCUGCAUCAACACCUACAUAAACAUCUGCAGAAACAUCUGCAUCAACACCUACAGAAACAUCUGCAUCAACACCUGCAGAAACAUCUGCAGAAACAUCUGCAUCAACACCUGCAGAAACAUCUGCAGAAACAUCUGCAUCAACACCUGCAGAAACAUCUGCAUCUAUAUCAACACCUGCAGAAACAUCUGCAUCAACAUCUACAUCAACACCUACAGAAACAUCUGCGGAAACAUCUGCAUCAACACCUGGAUCAACACCUACAGAAACAUCUGCAGAAACAUUUGCAGCACCCCUGCUGCCUACUGUCAGAACUACAGCUGUUUUAAGUUACAGUCCAACAUUUAGAAGCAACAUGUGUUGCAGAGAACACCAGAACCACAGAUUCAUGACAGCAUCAUCAAGUUCGGGUCUUUCUGGUCUCAAAACAAGAACCAGAGACCUGUCC